UGAUAAAAAUAAAAAUUUGGACCCUACAAAAAAUGAAAGAAGAAAACACAUAAAACACAGACAUAGUCGACACUAUUAACACUGUACCACGUCUCCCCUGUCUUCCCAUUUUCUCUCUCCUCAACUCUCACUCUUGUUUUUUUUUUUCAUUUCAAACCUCUUUUUUCUUCUUAGAUCUUCUCUCUCUUCUUUCUCUCUCUAAAACCCAGUUCUUAAUUUUAAUUUUGUUUUGAUUUUCUGGGUAAUUUCAUACAAUUAUGAAUUCAGGGGAAUAUCUCAGCAUUCAACCUCAAGAACUUCAAUUCCCAUUUGAGUUGAACAAGCAGAUCCCUUGUACCAUGCAAUUGACUAAUCAUACUGAUUGCAAUGUUGCUUUUAAGGUGAAAACAACAAAUCCGAAGAAGUAUUCUGUACGGCCUAAUACUGGGAUCGUUUUGCCACAUUCUAAUCAUGAUCUUUUAGUGACAAUGCAAGCGCAAAAGGAAGCACCUGCUGACCUUCAAUGCAAAGACAAAUUUCUUCUUCAGAGUGUGAUUGCCAGCCCUGGACUCACUGUCAAGGAUAUCACUUCUGAUAUGUUUAACAAGGAAUCUGGGAAUUAUGUUGACGAGUGGAAAUUGAAAGUCUCUUACAUUGCACCCCCACAACCUCCAAUGACUGUACAAGAAGGAUCAGAUGAAGGUUCCGUAUCAGACAAUGGGAAUAUGGAUACUUUUUCACCUGCUACAAGAACCCAUGUUGAGCCGGAAGAUGAUUCACUUCAGGUGGAUGCUACUAUUUCUAGGCUGAUGGAAGAGAAAAAUUCUGCAAUUCAACAAAACAAUAAGCUUCAUCAAGAAAUGGAGCUUUUGAGGCGUGAAAUUAGUAAAAAGUGUGCAGGAAUUCCAUUCAUGUAUGUUAUCGUUGUUGGGAUUAUUGGCAUCAUUCUGGGAUAUCUCGUCAAGAAGAUAUGAAUUGUGAAGAGAAGACCUGGCCUAUCUGGAGGCUUGAAGUUAAGAUUGCUAUUUGGUUAUCGCUCUAAGAAGUAGCUGACCAAGAUUUUUGGUUUGAUUAGUCUGAUAUAUGCAACUGGUUGGUAUUAGACGAUGAUCUUUCAAUAGAUUUUUUGCAUUUGUAUCUUAUUAUCAUACAUCUAGUUGUAAAGUAGAUGAUAAUUAAACAAGGAUUAACUUUGUCAUCAAGUUGUGCAUUUCUUUGCCAGUACAUCAUUUGCAACUAAAGAAUUAAAGCAUGUACUGUAUCAUCCUUCUUAGCUAUUACUCCAUUGUUUGCUACUAAAGCA